AUGGCAGACAAGAUCUUCACUUUCUUCCUAAUCUUGUCUUCAAUCUCUCUGUUUUUCUCUCCUCUCCUUUGUUCUUCUUCGAUUUCAUCUCUUAAUCUCUCACUAAUUAGACAAGCAAACGUACUUGUCUCUCUAAAGCAAAGCUUUGAUUCAUAUGAUCCUUCUCUUGAUUCAUGGAACAUUCCAAAUUUCAACUCUCUAUGUUCUUGGACUGGCGUUUCUUGUGACAACUUGAAUCAGUCCAUUACUCGUCUCGAUAUCUCUAAUCUCAAUAUUUCCGGCACUCUCUCCCCGGAAAUCUCACGUCUUUCGGCCUCUCUCGUUUAUCUCUCGGUCGCUUCAAACAGUUUCUCCGGCAAGAUUCCUAGAGUGAUCCAUAAGCUCUCGAGUCUCGAGGUCUUAAACAUCUCAAACAACGCCUUUGAAGGAGAGCUUGAGCCAGUUGCGUUCGGUCAAAUGACUCAGCUCGUGACUCUUGACGCUUACGACAACAACUUCAACGGAUCACUUCCUCUGUCUCUACCCAAACUCACUCGACUCGACUACUUAGAUCUCGGAGGAAACUACUUUACCGGUGAAAUCCCUAGAAGCUACGGAGGUUUCUUGCGUCUCAAGUAUCUGUCUUUAUCCGGAAAUGAUCUCAGUGGGAGAAUCCCUACCGAGUUAGGGAACGUCACGACUCUGGAAAAGCUCUACUUAGGUUACUACAACGAUUUCCACAGCGAGAUACCUGCGGAUUUCGGGAGAUUGAUCAAUCUUGUUCAUUUGGAUUUAGCAAACUGCAGCUUGAAAGGAUCAAUUCCUGCAGAAUUGGGGAAUCUCAAGAAUUUGGAGAUUCUGUUUCUUCAGACCAAUGAGCUUACAGGCUUUGUUCCUCGAGAGUUGGGGAACAUGACAAGCCUCAAGACUCUAGAUCUCUCCAACAACUUUCUAGAAGGAGAGAUUCCUCUGGAGCUAUCUGGACUUCAAAAGCUUCAGUUGUUCAACCUCUUCUUCAACAGACUACACGGAGAGAUCCCUGAGUUCGUAUCUCAGCUUCCUGAUCUGCAAAUCCUCAAGCUCUGGCACAACAAUUUCACGGGAAAGAUCCCUGUGGAGCUAGGAUCAAACGGGAAGUUGAUCGAGAUCGAUUUGUCUACCAAUAAGCUCACAGGUUUGAUCCCUGAGUCACUCUGUUUCGGAAGAAGGCUAAAGAUUCUCAUUCUCUUCAACAACUUCUUGUUCGGUCCUCUCCCUGAAGAUCUUGGCCAAUGUGAGCCGCUUUGGAGAUUCCGUCUCGGUCAGAACUUUCUGACAGGUAAACUACCAAAGGGUUUGAUUUAUUUGCCAAAUGUAUCUCUUCUCGAGCUUCAAAACAACUUCUUGACCGGAGAGAUUCCGGAAGAAGAAGAGGCGGGAAAUGAGCGGUUUUCCAGCCUCACUCAGAUCAAUCUGUCCAACAAUCGGUUAUCCGGGCCGAUUCCUGGUUCAAUCAGAAACCUCAAAAGCCUUCAGAUUCUUCUUCUCGGAGCAAACCGGUUCACAGGACAAAUCCCGGGCGAAAUCGGAAGUUUGAAGAGUCUUCUCAAGAUUGACAUGAGCAGAAACAACUUCUCAGGCAAGUUUCCUCCUGAGCUUGGAGAUUGCCAGUCACUCACAUACUUGGAUUUGAGUCAUAACCAAAUCUCCGGUCAGAUUCCGGUUCAGAUAUCGCAGAUUCGGAUCCUAAACUAUCUGAAUGUUUCUUGGAAUUCCUUGAGCCAAAGCCUCCCCGUCGAACUCGGAUACAUGAAGAGCUUAACAUCAGCAGAUUUCUCCCACAACAACUUCUCCGGUUCAGUACCAACUUCAGGGCAAUUCUCUUACUUCAACAACACGUCAUUCGUUGAAAACCCUUUUCUCUGCGGAUACUCUUUCAGCCCUUGCAACGGCUCCCAAAACCAAUCACAAUCUCAGCUUCUCAACCAGAAAAAUGCAAAUUCCCACGGCAAAAUCUCUUCAAAAUUCAAGCUGUUAUUCGGGUUAGGCCUACUAGGGUUUUUCUUGGUGUUCGUCGUUUUAGCUGUGGUCAAGAAUCGGAGAAUGAGAAGGACUAGCUCGAAUCUUUGGAAGCUCAUAGGAUUUCAAAAGCUCGGUUUCAGAAGCGAGCACAUUCUGGAAUGCGUUAAGGAGAACAAUGUGAUCGGUAAAGGCGGUGCAGGGAUUGUCUACAAAGGCUUGAUGCCAAACGGAGAAGAAGUUGCGACAAAUUGUAACAGACAAGGCGUGGUGAAGAUCAUUGACCAAAGAUUGAGCAAUGUGCCGUUAGGAGAAGCCAUGGAACUGUUCUUUGUGGCAAUGCUUUGUGUUCAAGAACAUAGUGUUGAGAGACCGACCAUGAGAGAGGUUGUCCAGAUGAUUUCUCAGGCUAAACAGCCCAAUACUUUCUAA